UUUCCCAAUACACAACAAUAUCCAUCGCACAAUUGGGAAUUCAAAAAAAAAAUUUUUUUUAACACUUCUUCAGUGAUUUUUCCACUCUUUCGGUUUAUUCAAUUCCCCAUAUGUCUUCUGUGAUACUUGAACGUGGAAUAAUCAUCAAUAUGAGGGGGAUUAGGCCGUAAAACCAAUUUGAUAGCUAUGAUGUGAUGUUUUGUCAGGUUUGGGUAGAGUCUGACUGUCAAAAGUUGAAUAAAAAAAUCAUCACCGUGGAGCACAAAUGCGUAUUGUGUGAGGCUGAACUGGAGAGCAAGGAGGCACUCCAGGAGCACUUCAGAAAACAUGCUAAUAAGGAGAUUGAUGGACGGGGCAAGCCCCAGGGAAGAAAAAUACAGAAGAAGCCGAAUAAAACAGAUGAAUUAUGUGACAUUUGUGGAAAGACAUUUGAAUCCAUCACAGCGACAAUUCGUCACAGAUUCAAGAUGCAUCCGAACUCACCAGCUAAAUUCUACUGCAGUUACUGUGGGAAACAGUUCCCUUUGAAGACUCACCGAGACAACCACAUGACCACUCACAAUCCUGAGGAGAGUAAAAAUACCUCUAAUCAUAAGAAAUGUGAAGAAUGUGAUAUAGUUUUCUACAAUCUAAAGGCACUCAACUAUCACUACCGAUCGAUUCACAAAAGACUGGUACAUAUUUUUCAACCUAUAGCCACUCCCCCUCCCAGCAACAAGAUCAAGGUGAAUUCGAUGAACGAUGCAUUGAGUGUCUACUACUGUCACAUUUGUGGUGUCGAGUACAUCGUGAAAUUCAAUCUCCAGCAGCACCUCGAGAAAGUUCACACGCGGGAAGAGCGAGAACGGGUUCCAGAUGAUCUCAUAAAGUGCACCAUGUGUGCCGCCCUCUUCUGCAGCAAGAAAGCUUACGAAGUACACAACAGCUAUCACCAACCUGACGAUCUAUACGUCACAUCCGAGGAGCAACGACUCCAGACCAUCACCAAGAUCGAUCAGGACUUCGAUAUCAGGAGGGUCAAGCCAACUGUUGACAAGUACAUACCAAAAUUGACGGGACGCAGGCCACAGAAGAGGCGGAGAGUUAACGAGAAAAUUGGUGACUUUGUCCAUGUGACAAUCAAGGAAGAGGAUAAGUCUGAUGAUGAGGGGCCGGGGGGCAGUCAGAGCUGCCAGAGUGACUCUGACAGUGAUGUACCACUUCAGAAGAGGCUCUUGGCUAGUUAACAAUGUCAAUGACAAUAAGAUAAUUCAUUGAUUAUCUAUAUUUGUUCGUGAAGUUGGACGAAGGAAUAAAAUCAAAUUUUUGAAAAUUCAUUCCCCUGUUUUUUGAGGCUAUCUCGAGGCUCUGGAGGGGUUAACAUUCGUAACUAGCUCUCUAAUUUCCCUAGAUAUUACUAAAACAUGUUUUGAGCUCAAAAUUUUUAACUUUUUUUCUGUGUAUUCAAUUGCUUAAUGGGGCAAAUUGAAUAAUAAUGAAUAAUGGGUCGCCAUGUGAAAGUUUCGAUCGAAAAUUUCCCUGGCUUUCAUAUGAGACUAGACUCAUUCUUCUAGGUCUCCGAGUUAUCGAGAUAGCCAUGAAAAAGAAGAAUUUACGAAAGUUGAUGUCAUUUUUUUUUUCAACUUCGUUAGUAUGUGUUUUAAACUUUCGCAACAAUAAAUUCCAGUGAUUGCCAUUUUCUUACUUUUCCAAUGUCCUAUGAAUAUUCGAGAAGCUAUUGUGAUGAUUCGUUUUGUAUGAGAUGAUGAUGAAUAAAGUAAAUUUAUGGAAAAUCUG